GGGAAAGACCAAAGAAUUGAAAAGAGCAAAAAGUGGAGAAAGAUUUGGAUUGAACACCUCUGCAUUUUUUUCUCUCUCUCCUUAAAAAAAAAAAAUUCACACAAAUUUCCAAUCAUUUCAAUCCAUUCUAACCAAAUAUUUACAUUCAUAUACAUACAUAUAUAUUUAUAUAUCAAAUCAAGUAAUAUAAAUUAAUAGAAUAAAAAAUGUCAUCUUGUUCAUCAUCAUCUGCAUCUGAAGAAGAUGAAGACUUGGAUUGUUACCGGAAAGGUGGUUAUCACGCUGUCAGAACCGGUGAUUCUUUUUCUUCCGGCAGAUUCAUUGCUCAACGGAAGCUCGGCUGGGGUCAGUUUUCCACCGUUUGGCUUGCCUAUGAUACUCAAAAUUCUAAAUAUGUGGCACUCAAGAUUCAGAAAAGUGCACCAGAGUUUGUGCAAGCUGCCCUCCAUGAAAUCGAGGUUCUUACUGCUAUUACUGAAAAUGACCCUAGGAACGAAAAAUGUGUUGUACAAUUAGUGGAUCACUUCAAACAUAGGGGCCCAAAUGGGCAGCAUUUGUGCAUGAUUCUUGAGUUUCUUGGUGAUAGCAUACUGCACCUCAUUAGAUAUAACCGUUACAAAGGCCUUAACUUGAAUAAAGUAAGGGAGGUAUGCAGAUGCAUACUAACUGGACUAGAUUAUUUGCACAGAGAACUUCAUAUUUUACACACAGACCUAAAACCCGAAAAUAUACUUCUAGUUUCCACUAUAAAUCCAUCGAAAGACCCUAUAAGAUCAAAAUCGACCCCCAUUCUUGAACGGCCAGAGGGAAGUUUGACGGGUGGAGUAACGGUCAAUGUGAUUGAAAAAAAACUCAAGCAGAGGGCCAGAAGAGCAGUGGCUAAAAUUUCUGCUGAAAGACGGGGUGUGAUAGGAGGGGGUGCAGCAGCUGCAAAACCUGAAAGAUGCCUUGAUGGUAUCGAUUUCAGGUGCAAGAUUGUGGAUUUAGGAAAUGCAUGUUGGGCUGAUAAACCGUUUGCGGAGGAAAUCCAAACGAGGCAAUAUCGAGCCCCUGAAGUGAUACUACAAUCGGGCUACUCAUACCCAAGCGAUAUGUGGUCAUUUGCUUGCACUGCUUUUGAACUCGCUACUGGCGAAAUGUUGUUUGCUCCCAAACCAGGACAAGGUUUUAGUGAAGAUGAGGAUCACCUUGCUCUAAUGAUGGAAUAUCUAGGAAAGAUGCCCCGGAAGAUAGCCGUUGGCGGCGGUCGAUCUAAAGAUUACUUUGACAGACAUGGUGACCUCAAAAGAAUCCGUAGGCUCAAACACUCAUCACUGAGUCGUUUACUCAUUGACAAAUUCAAGUUUCCUGAAACUGAUGCUCGUGAAUUCUCAGAGUUCUUGAUACCUAUUCUUGAUUUUACCCCAGAAAAGCGACCAACGGCACAGCAGUGUUUGCAACAUCCUUGGCUCCGUCAGGAUGCCGCCAAACCAGUGCCCUAAAAACAUAACCUAGUGUGACAUGGUUGAGUUCGCGUGAUUAAUGUGGGUAAAGCAGGGAACCGAAGUUGUUUUUUGUUGCAACUUGUUAAUUCCUUCUUUAUGCCACCUAUAUUUUGUUUACACAUCUUUUUUUUCCUAUGAAUCCCAAUAAUAUUUGAUUUCUUUUGAAUUAACUAUUAACUAUGAUGUAAUAUAGACGUGUAUAGUUGCAUAAAUUUGAUAGUUAUUCGGGUUGUGUUAACUCCCACGGCAAUUGAAAUGGACAUUCUGUUA